CAUUAACAUACGGUGCAGAGUUUGGUCUGUGAACGAGAUUGUUGGACAGUGGUGGGUCAAAACCUGACCUGCAGCUAGUUAGCUAGCUAUGUCUUUGCGACAGCUUUUGCGGACGGGGUUGGUCGGGACCAGAACGGCUCACCUCAGUCGUUUGCACCGUGUUUGUCGAGCCGAGAGAACCCUGUGCACCAAAAGUGACGAGGUGAGGCUGGCAGAGGAGGCCAGCAGGAAGUAUGGCUCCCCAGCCCCAACCAUCUUCUCCAAAGUGAUUGACAAAAGCAUCCCAGCAGAUAUCAUUUAUGAAGAUGAGAAGUGUUUGGCUUUCAGGGAUAUCAGCCCGCAGGCCCCAGUUCACUUCCUGGUCAUUCCAAGGGUCCCUAUUCCAAGAAUAAGUGAGGUCAAAGAUGAUGAUGUUGAGCUCUUAGGACAUUUGUUGGUUGUUGCCAAAAAUGUGGCGAAGCAAGAAUCUCUAAAUGAGGGCUACAGAGUGGUGAUCAAUGAUGGAAAGCACGGUGCUCAGUCAGUUUACCACCUUCACAUCCACGUUCUGGGCGGAAGACAGAUGACGUGGCCACCAGGAUAACCGGUUCAUCCCCGUGAUAAUGUUUCUGUUAGUCUUUUCAGUCCCUUUGCAUUUUCAGGCUGCUUUCAUGCAUUUAAUCCCACAAGCGUGACAUAAUAUAUGAUGGGUGUUCUUCAUCCAGGCGUAUAUAUUCUUAAAAACUUCACCACACAGAACAUGACUUGUAAAUAUGUUGAUCUUGAAUAAAGACUUUAUGUUGGAUAUGGCUUCAAAUAAAGGCACUAUUUCUAAUAUGGA